UUUAGACUCUCGUAUUGAAUUUCGGUUGUAUUACUUAAAGUCUUAGUUAAUUUCUGUAAACUUACAAUGGUUAGUGCUUCAAGAUCUCAGUAUAAAAGCAAGGAUAUCUCGUAUAAUGAAUUGUGAGUGAGCACCAAAUGAAGAUCACAUAUAAACGAACAAGAGAUGUAUUUAAACGUCUAGUUUAUUAGUUUUAUAAGAACGACGAAUGGUUGAUAAUGACUAGCGCUAUUUUGCAAUAAAUGUAGACUUGAAGGAGUCACUUACUAGAUUCUCAGUGUUCUCUAUUGAUUUAUUAGUUCACCAGGAUAUAGAAGAAAGGCUGGAGUUUUAUAUCUUGUCCCAAUUGUCAUUCUAGUCAACGUUUUCUCUUUUUUCCUACAAGUUUUUGACUUUUAGAACUCACAUAAAUUUAUAAUUUUUCGUUUUGAUCUUCCAUAUUGAAGAUAUUAAUCUCAACUUUUUACUACUUGUCAUAUACUUCGUGCCAUAGAUGUCACUCGCUGCGGUAGCUCAAAUCACUUCUACUUCUAAUAUAUUAAAAAAUGCAAAGAUAUGUAAAGAUCUCAUUGGAGAGGCUGCAUCAAAAGGAGCAAAAUGCGUUUUCUUCCCUGAAGCUUCUGACUAUAUCGCUCAAAAUAGCUCUGAGGCUUUAGAAUUAAGUUGUCAUCCAGACUGUUCAGCUUUUGUGAAACAAAUAUGCGCUGAAGCCAAACAGCAUUCGAUUUGCGUACAGAUUGGAGUCCAUGAACCUUCCCCUAUCGAAAACAAGCUACUAAACAGCUCCCUUCUUAUCGAGCCCGACAAGGGAAUUGUUCAGCGAUACAGCAAAGCUCAUUUAUUCGACGUUGAUAUUGCAAACGGUCCUGUUUUGAAGGAGUCAAAUAGUACUGUACCUGGAAACGCAAUCGUUCCUCCUUUUCUGACUUCAUUAGGAAAAGUCGGAUCAGCUAUAUGUUUUGAUUUGCGAUUUCCAGAGCAUGCCUUGAAGCUCCGUAACUUGGGUGCAGAUAUAAUAACAUACCCAAGUGCCUUUACACAAAAGACAGGAGCUGCGCAUUGGGAAGUUUUGCUUAGGGCUCGUGCGCUUGAUGCUCAAUCUUACAUUUUUGCUCCUGCUCAAGGUGGUAGCCACAACGAGAAAAGGGCUAGUUAUGGUCAUGCAAUGAUCGUCGAUCCUUGGGGGACUGUUGUUGCUCAAUACAGUGAUCUUGCAUCUCCUAAUGGCCUCAUUUUCGCUGACGUUGAUUUAAACCUCGUACAACAUGUACGAAAGUUUAUUCCCUUGCUACGAAGAAAUGACUUAUAUCCUGCUAUCUAAAUAGUCUAUUGAAUAUCUUUGUAUAUUUUGACUUUCAUGUGAGAGGAUAAAUGUAACUGAAUAAUGAACCAAGCAGUAGUUUACCAAUCUAAAAGCGUGCUCUUGUCUUUCUCAUAUAACAUUUGAACACAGAUAUUUAUAUAAUUAACAAUCCUAAAUGCAAAAUUAUUAGAUAUCAAUUGGAUAACUAUUCAUUAUGGAUUUCCAGAACGAAAAAAAGAAUAUUAGUAAAAAA